AUGGUGUCGAAGACAUUAAUCGAUGAAGCCGAGGCAGUCGAGUUCGACCAUGAGGCGGUGUCUCCAAUCAUCAAAGUUGUGCUCGCCCUCGAGGUUGAUGAGGCAGGAUAUAGUGAAAGACAUGUCGGCGGUAGUGAUGAGGAGCAUGUGACUCUGGCUGCCCAGAUGCCUGCCCGGGACCCAACGAUACCUUUGAUUGCGGUUGGGACGGGACGAGGGACAAAUUUUGAGAUAUAUUUACCUUCUCCAACGUCCCGCCUUCUGGUCUUGAAGUCAGGCGAACGAACCAACGUCGAAAACCUUUGUUUCCUCCCGGCCAGUCGCGUGAAUUACCAUCUCGUGAAUCAUGACCGUCUUUGCGGUGAGUAUUAG